AGAGGCGGGGCGAGGCUCUGCAGGAUCAGGUUCGGAGGGAUCAGACUCGGAGGAUCAGACUCGGAGGGCUCGGGCUCGGGUUCGGAGGGAUCGGGCUCGGCGGGUUCGGCGCUGGUUAACCCGUCAGUGCGGCUGUGCGCGAUGGAGACCCGGAAGCGGCCGCGGGAGGAGCCGCAGUGUGAAGCGGACUGUCUGAGAACUCCACACAAACCCACUGAAACCUGGCAACCCGGGGAUUUCCAGCUCUGGGACACCAGGGAAACCUGCUCCUACCUCCGGCACCACGGACUCGGGCAGUGGGAGCGCGAGUUCAGGGAACAGAAGAUAACAGGAGUCGGGCUGCGCCUCCUCACUGAUGUACAGUUGGAGAAGAUGGGCGUAGAGCCGCUGGGCUCCAGGCUCGAGAUCCUCCACUGUCUCAGUAAACUGUGGCAGAGCUCAUCUCAGCACAUGAAGGUGUUCAACGAUCCAAUUCACGGCCACAUUGAGCUCCACCCCCUGCUGGUACGCAUCAUCGACACGCCUCAGUUCCAACGGCUGCGGCACAUCAAACAGCUGGGAGCCACGUACAUGGUGUUUCCUGGAGCCGCACACAACCGCUUCGAACACUGCAUAGGUGUUGGAUAUUUAGCAGGUUGUCUGGUCCAAGCUCUGAACGAGAGACAGCCUGAGCUCCUGAUCACCAAACAGGACAUCCUGUGUGUUCAGAUCGCUGGCUUGUGCCAUGACCUGGGUCAUGGUCCUUUUUCCCACAUGUUUGAUGGAAUGUUUAUUCCAAGGGUCCGACCCAAUUUCAAAUGGAAACAUGAGGAGGCAUCAGCACAGAUGUUUGACCACCUGGUGAAGGUGAACAAGCUGGAGGACAUGAUGGAGCAGUACGGUCUCUCUCUCCCCAACGACCUCCUCUUCAUUAAAGAGCAGAUCGCCGGGCCGCGGGACUCCGUGACCUCGCCCAAAAUGUGGCCGUAUAAAGGCAGGUCAGAGGAGAAAUCGUUCCUGUACGAGAUUGUAGCGAAUAAGAGGACGGGCAUCGACGUGGACAAGUGGGAUUAUUUUGCAAGAGACUGCUAUCACCUGGGCAUCCAGAACAACUCGGACUACCGUCGCUUCCUCAAGUUCGCUCGAGUGUGUGAUGUGAAGGGCAAAAAACACAUCUGCACCAGAGACAAGGAAGUAGGUGAUCUGUAUGAUAUGUUUCACACACGGAACUGUCUGCAUCGCCGAGCGUACCAGCACAAAGUGGGCAACAUCAUCGAGGUCAUGAUAACCGAAGCUUUGGAGAAGGCCGAUCCUUACAUUAAGAUUCGGGGCUCUUCAGGAAAGAUGUACAGAAUGUCAGAAGCCAUUGAGGACAUGGAGGCUUACACCAAACUCACAGAUCACAUUUUCGAGCAGAUCCUGUACUCGUCUGAUCCAGCGCUGUCUGAAGCUCAGGACAUCCUGCAGAACAUCCUGUGCAGACGUCUGUACAAAUGCGUGGGGCAGACGACACCGGACUCCUACUAUAACGUGUCACAGGAGAUGUUGCCUGAGUGGUCUCGCGAAGUGUCUGAGUGUAAACCUGAUGGCAUCGAGGUGGAUUUGAAGCCUGAGGACUUUGUCAUAAAUGUGAUUUGUAUGGAUUAUGGAAUGAAGGAGAAGAACCCUGUGAACAAUGUUUACUUCUACUGCAAGAAGGAGCCCACGAAAGCUAUCAAGAUCCGCAAGAACCAGGUGUCCAAGUUGCUGCCGGAGCAAUUUGCCGAGCAGCUGAUCAGAGUUUACUGCAAAAAAACAGAUGAGAAGAAUCUGGAAGCGGCGAGGAAGUACUUUGUGCAGUGGUGCAUUAACAGAAACUUCUCCAAACCGCAGGAUGGUGAUAUCACUGCACCAGAGCUCACUCCACUAAAGCAUGACUGGCAGGAGGAUGAUGAUGAUGAUGAUGAGACCAGAGAUCGAAUAAGGAUCAAUGGUGGAGAAAGCGUAAAAGCAAACCUGUUCCAUUGUACGAAACAGAAACCAGCCUAGUGUUGGCGCCUCCUGCUGGCAGGAUGAAAAAAAAUUGCUCAGGCUCAGUAGGUUUUUGUUGGUUUGUUGGCAGCUUCUCUGUUUUUCUCUCUUUUUCUCUCUUUUUCUUUCCUUCCCCCCCAAAAAAAAAUCCCAAUCGCCACUAGAGAGCGCUUUAAAUAUUUUCCUUCUAGUGGCAGUAAAUGACAGGAAGGUAAGAUCUGGGGGGGGAUGUAAUGUAGACGCAAUACAUCACAGGUACACUAUUUUAAAUCAUAAAUUCUGUCCAUGGUGCUUAUAAUAAUAAUAAUAAUAAUAAUAAAGUCCAUGGGCUGGGCAAAAUGAGACACAUCCUCCAGCGAUACCUGACGGACCUUUAAUACAAAACACAUGUAUCUUGAUGUGUGAUGUGUUAAACAAACUGCCAAGAAAACAAGUGAUGCCUUGUUUUUAAAAUUAAAAAACUGAAUCUGAUAUUUAUAGAUUUCAUCUACAAGAACUAAAUUCUAACAUUGAAAAAUCUGGAGAUUUUCAACUGAAUGAAACAAUCAGCAGUUUCAUUUCAGUUCCAUUUCAUUCAUAAUCAUUAAAAAAAAUUCUAAAAAUACCGAUGUCUCAAAAAGGCGUAUUAUACCAUUUAUCAUGAUGACAAUCGUAGAUCAUAUUGCCAAGCCCUAAUACAGUGCGAUACCAGUGUAAAUAUAAUUAAAGUAUUUAUUUAAGAAGAACCAAACAAUAUAAAUGUUUUCAGCUGAAGAAGAGACAUGGACAAGACAGUUUUCCUUCUCAGACAGAUUUUACUCUCGGAGAAGAGAACGUUCACUACCUGACAACGCUGCCUAUUCAGUUGAUCAACAAUAAAAAUAAUCCGCUUCAGUGUAAACCGUAGCGGAUCGUUAGUACGGGUCUAUCGGCUUUACAGCAGCUAAAAUACAUCGAGUGAUGUCUGUCUGAAUCUCAGAAGUUGUUGCUGUUCCGGUAAAAAACAAUCCUGAAGAAAAAGGUGUACAUGUGGUCUAAACUUCCUGCUUAUAAACGCCUCCUCGAUCUGAUCCGGUUCGAUGGAGUUCUGCUUAUUAUGAUAAAAUCGUUUACUACCACUAAGAGGAAAAUGUUUUCUGUUUGUUUGUGUAAAAUCUCCGCUCUUUGUCCUCCUUAAGCGUGCUGUUUUUCUUCACUUUUUUUUAACAUAUAUUUUUGCAUUUUAAGAUAUUUUGUAGGAUCCAUUUAUUUGCUUUAAAAAUGUUAUUUUGCUCAUGCUGUCUGCGUAUCCUGAUUUUAUUGAGAGGAAGGGUCAGGGGGCGGAGCUUGACAUGCAUUCAGUCACGUACUUCAUUUGCUCACGAUCACCACGAUGUCAAACUCUUCAUAUUCUUAUGUGGCUGAAGCCCCGCCUACUCGUUAACCCAGAGAACACCGGUCACUCGGCGGGAUCGGGGCGGGGCGGGGCGGGGCACGUCACGUGAUUUACCUCUGUGUUAGACGCGUAUGAUGUGAAGGAGCAAUAUUAAGAACACAUCAGGAGCUCGAACAGACUUCCUGGAGAUGCAGAGGACGUUUUAGAUCGGUGUCUUCCUGAGACGGCGCUCAAUUUACCUGAGAAAUGCGAGUAAUUACUGUUGUGUAAAUUGAUUUGUUUACUCUUUGGCGGUUUAAAUAUAUUGAGUGAGAGAAAGUGAUGAUGGCGUGGACGGUCAGAGCUGAGGGGGGGUAGAAAAUAGAUUACAAAUAAAAUUCAAAAGAUUUAAAUAAAUCAUUUAAAAAGUAGAGUAAAUCAGGAAAAAUAAAUUGAUGUAUAAAUAGUUCUUUGCAUUGCUGCCAGAUUUUUCUUACUCCGUCUUAUUUGUUUCAGGUCUGGAAGGCUUUUCAGGAUUUUUUUUUUUAUUAUUAUUUUUAAACCUUCCUUUAUUUUUUUUUAUUUUAUUUAAUUUUUUUAAUGUUUUCUUGUUGCAGGCAUGCACAUUUCAGUUAUGAAAAAGAAAUGCGUUUCUUCACACAGACAUUAUGGGUGUACAAACUUUUGCACGCCCAUGUAAUGGUCUGUAUUAUAAAUGCAAACUUGCCAAAUCUUGUAGCAUCUCCUCGUUUUAACACCAAAAGAUCAGGCGUCUUAUUUCCGGCCCACCGAAUCCAGCAGGUGAGCCAAUCAUCAUGUGAAUCUUUGGAAGCUCCGCCCACUUGCAUCAUCGCACAUUUGUAGCGUUUGUUCGGAAAUAAAGGCACCAAACUUUUGUUUGUACUGCUUUAGGAUGUAAAAUGGCAUCGUUGAGGUGAAGGUACAGCACACGCGGGUUCCCAGGUGUGAGCUGAUACACACUACUGGGACCAAAAACCAAAACUGCCGUCAGGAACAGAAGCGUUUCCUGCCUUUAUUUCUGAGAGGAUGGAAAACGGCGAGUACUCCGAUUUAACGUGAACGAUCAACGUGUUCCGCCUAGCACUCGUAUAUUAGAUGAGUAUCAGGUUAACCUCAGUUAUCUAGAGAUGCACCAAAAAUCUUUGACCCAAACGGUCGGUGCCUGAGGGUCGUCUGUUCCUCGUCUGUUCCUCGUCUGUUCCUCGUCUGACAGCAGCACAAGUGUUUAAUAAUUAAUUUAAUUCUACUCCUAAAAUAAAAAAGUAACCGAUGUUAAGUAGAGGCCUCGUAAAAUUCAGCUUCGUGCACUCGCACAGACCCAUCACAGUGUAAUGUACACACAUACUCAAAAUAUACGAGUGAAUGUUUAUAUCUACAGUACUGUGCAAAAGUCCUGGCACCCCCCCCCUUUUUUUUUUUUUUCUUCUCCCCAUCCAAACUUUGUUACAGAUUUCUAUUUGAUGACUGCUACAUUGAGUCGGUACAAAAACAUUUUAGAGUCCAAACGUUUUUUUUUCCAAAAUUAAAUGUUACAGAAAAAAAGUUUGUAUCUGAGCAGCAUAUUCCAUAAGAGACACUUUCCAGAUGGAAAAAGAAAACAUAAUGAAGGCUGCUGGGUUUUGGUGUAAAAUGAAGAAGUGAGUGUGACAGUCAAAGUGUCCAGAAGAACUGCGGCUGGUUCUGUAAGAUGCUCAGGAAAACCUACAGAUCAUUUCCGCAUAAAACUGACCUCACUGGACCUGAGACGGAUUAUUUUUUUUCUUUAUAAGGCAAAGGGUCGUCUCACACCAAAUACUGACUCUGUUUCAUUUAUUAUGACUCACUGAUUAAAGGUGUUUAUUUAAAAAGAUGCUGAAACAUAUAUAUUUUUUAAAAGGUGUUUUUGGACCUGGCGACUUGUCCAGGGUGAACCCCGCCUUUCGCCCGUAGUCAGCUGGGAUAGGCUCCAGCUCGCCUGCGACCCUGUAGAACAGGAUAAAGCGGAUAGAGAUGAUGAGAUGAGAUGUUUUUGGUUGACAGGAUUUCUUUACAUGUGCUGAAGACACUUGCACAGGACUGUACGCUGCUUUUGUUUUUCUUUUAGGGGUUGGUUUUUAUUUUUUUUAAAUGUAUACACACUUAUAUCCAGGUCAUAGGUGCUGUUUUUACUCUGCAUGUGAAUAACCUUCAGGGUUUGACCUCUGCGAUCCUCGGAUCUUAUUCCUGGAGUGAGGGUUUUGUUUGUUCUCAGUUUUAAGUGAUGCACUCGGGUGUUACAGCGUUUACAGUAUUACGGGAGGAGAACUUGUUUGGUGUUGUGUGGUUUGAUUGUAAGGUAUUUUGGUGUGAUGGCACAAACUGGGCUUGAAUGUAGCUGAAUAAUAAAAUGGGUUUCAGAAGAA